UUUCACAUCAAGUGUGCAACAUAUUUCAGCCCUAUUCAUUAGCAGCUACAGAUUUCAAGAUGUUUCCAUCUUUAGUGAAGAAAAUGACUAAAAAAAAGCAGUUUAAUGACACCAAUAUUUCUCAGAGUAGUCUAGCAAGAGUACUUACACUUUUUGAUCUCAUUGCACUGGGUGCUGGCAGCACACUUGGCCUUGGUGCAUAUGUCGUGUCUGGAUCUGUGUCAAGAAAUGAAGCUGGUCCAGCAAUAGCAAUCUCAUUUUUCAUUGCAGCUGUAGCAUCAUUGUUGGCAGGUUUGUGUUAUGCCGAGUUUGCAGCUCGAGUUCCUCGUGCAGGAUCUGCCUACAUUUACAGUUAUGUUACUGUAGGUGAAUUUAUAGCCUUUCUCAUAGGUUGGAAUCUCAUUCUGGAAUAUGUGAUAGGUGCAGCUAGUGUAGCCAGAGGUCUCACUGGAUAUAUUGACUCAUUAGUAAAUAAUUCUAUUUCAAAUGCUUGCAGGCAAGCAAUGCCAAUUAAUAUUGACUUUUUAUCUGAUUAUCCAGACUUUUUGGCAUUUGGACUAACUUUUCUCCUCACAGUUCUUCUGGCGUUUGGUGUGAAGGAGUCAUCAAUCAUUAGCAACAUAUUGGGUGUAGCUAAUAUUGGUGUUUUAACUUUUGCCAUCAUUGCCGGUGCAUUGAAAGGUGACAUAGAUAACUGGCAAAUACAAAAGAAUGAAAUACCUGACAGUUAUAAUGGUGGUGAAGGUGGAUAUGUACCAUUUGGAAUUGCUGGAAUUAUCAAAGGAGCAGCAACUUGUUUUUACGCUUUUGUUGGCUUUGAUGCUAUAGCUACAACAGGAGAGGAAGCUCUAAAUCCGAAGCGAAACAUUCCUUUGUCUAUUAUAAUCUCGCUGUUUAUUGUCUUUUGCUACUACUUUGGAAUUUCAUCAGUGCUUACCCUCAUGCUUCCAUACUACCAACAGGAUACGAGUGCCCCACUAUCAUAUGCAUUUCAAGAGGUUGGUUGGGACUGGGCAGCAUGGAUCGUGAGUGUGGGAGCAAUAUUUGGUCUUGGAGCAAGCUUCCUUGGAGCAAUGUUUCCACUUCCACGGAUAAUCUAUGCUAUGUCUGAGGACCGUUUGCUUUUUCCAUUCUUGGGAAAGGUACAUCACAGAUUUAAAACUCCUUUCAUUGGAACCAUUUGUGCUGGAAUUAUCACUGCUUUUAUGGCACUCAUCUUCAACGUGGAUCAGCUAGUUAGCAUGCUAUCAAUAGGAACAUUGACAGCAUAUUCUAUGGUCUCUGCAUGUGUGCUACUGUUAAGGUAUACAGGAGAAACUGAAGACCAUCUACAAAUUGAGGAGAAAGAUGCUGGGAAACAAAACACAGAUUCAGCUGAAGGAACCAGAAUUAAACAAUCAAAUAUUAUAGCUACUGGGAGACAAAUACUAAACAUCGACAAAUUUAAAAGGCCAACAAAAUUGUCAACAAAAAUUGUUGCAUAUGAAAUUGCGUUAUAUUUGAUCCUGUGCAUCCUGACAUCCCAGCUUGUGAUACAAGCAGGCUCAUCUAUUGAAGCAGUAGACCCAUUGGCCAUAUCAGGUCUCAUUAUUGUUUUACUGUGUAUUGUCUGUAUAUUGAUUUCCAUUGGACGGCAACCAGUGUCAGAAAAGGAAUUAACUUUUAAGGUACCAUUUAUACCAAUUCUGCCUGCAAUAUGUAUUUUUGUCAACACUUAUUUAAUGAUGAUGUUGGAUGUAUUCACAUGGAUCCGAUUUGGUGUAUGGCUCAUUAUAGGGCUCUUGAUUUACUUCACCAUUGGUUACUGUAUCAGUGACCCAAAGGACAAAAACACAAAUGAUGUUACUGCACAGGGGCUGGAUAAUUUGGCAUACACGGAAAAUGCUGAAUGAGCUCUCUUGCUGCUACAAUAAUGUGACAUAUAUAUGUAUAUACAGUAACUGGAUAAACACAAUUCAUCAUGGAUAAAAAAUCUUUGUAGCUUGCGUGCUUCUAUCUGUAUUUGUUUUUUAUUAAUUUGUAAUGUUG